GACCGAACCACAUCCCGAUGCCGCCCAAAUCCAAGGCGGCGGCGGCGGCCGCGGCGGAGCCAGCCGCCGUGGAGGACCUCUUCUCGGCGCUCCACCGCCACAUCGAGGCCGGCGAGUUCCCCCAGGCCGUCAAGGUCGCGGACCAACUUCUCGCGGCGGCGCCGGGCGACGAGGACGCGGUGCGGUGCAAGGUGGUGGCGCACAUCAAGUCCGACGCCACGGACAAGGCUCUCGCGGCCAUCCGCGCCGCCGAGCGCCUCCCCAUCGACCUCAGCUUCUAUAAGGCUGCGGUUUUGGGAUCUGGGAGCGAUCGAGACCUGCUUGGUGAUGACCAAGCGGAAAGUCUCUGA